AUGAAGCUCCUCCUCUCCACCCUCCUCCUCGCCGCCCUCGCCCGCGCCCAAGACAACAACAACAACGACGACGACAACUCCCUAGGCGACACCAUCGGCGACGUCGUCGACGACAUCACCUCGGGCGCCGAGAACAUCGGCACCGCGAUCGAAACGGGCGUCACCUCCGCCGUGGACUCGCUCACAGACCUGCCCACGGACGUCUCCUCUUGGGCUGAAUCCGUCGCCUCGGACGCCUCGACCUGGGCAACGGGCGCCUCGUCGGACAUCGACUCCGCAUGGUCGUCCAUCUCGUCCCAGGGCGAGAGCCUCUUCUCAACGGCAACGGACGAUGUCUCGAGCGCGCUGAACACGAUUUCCUCGUCCGUCGACGCGGCCGUCACGGACGCAUCGGAUUCGAUUUCCUCGGCGGUCGACACGACCACUGUUCAGACGACCACCACGGGCGAUGACGGGCAGGAGACGACCACCACGGCGGAGGUGACGACCACGACAUCCGCGGACGCGAGUGCCACGCAGAGCGGCGAUGAGAGCGAGCCCACGGACUCGGAUGACGGUGCGGCGUAUGCGACGCCGUUUAUGGGUGUUGCGGGCAUCAUGGGCGUGAUGGGUGUUGUUGCUGCUCUGUAA